AUGUCGCAAAAGUUGAAGGGCAAAGUGUGCAUUGUUACAGGCGGCGGCCAUGGCUUUGGAGAGGCCAUGGCCAGGCGCUUCGCCGAAGAGGGGGCUCAAGUGGUCAUCGCGGACAUCAAUCCCACGACCGGAUCCAAAGUUGCGCUGGAGAUAAACGGCUUGCAUGGAGAGAAAACAGCGCUGUUCCAGGAGGCAAAUGUCACCAGUCAAGCCUCGUGGGCAAAGUUGCUGGAGGCCUCGCUGAAGGAGUUUGGUAAGGUCGAUGUCGUGGUGAAUAAUGCCGGAACAACGUACCCCAAAAAGGCCUCGCAUACGGUCACCGAGGAGGAGUACGAUAAAGUCAUUGGUGUCAACAUGAAGUCCAUAUUUCUCAGUGUGGCCGUGGUUGUGCCAUAUUUUCUGGAACAGAAGGCUGGCACCAUCCUGAACAUUAGCUCGGUCGGAGGAAUCCGAGUCAAGAACGGGCUGGUAUGGUACGGUGGAACCAAAGCAUUUGUCAAUAAGAUCACAGAGGGACUUGCCUCGGAGUACGGCCAUUCUGGAAUCCGGGUGAACGCGGUCUGUCCAAUCCUGGGAUAUACCGACCUAGCACAAUCCUUUAUGGGGGUCGACGAUACACCAGAGAAUCGCACGAAAUUCGAGGCUUCUUUCCCUCGAGGCGAAGCUUUGAAGCUGAACACCUCGACCGGAUAUGUCGCCAAUGCUGCGGUAUAUCUUUGUUCCGACGACGCAGCGUUUGUGAGCGGCAUAUGUCUGCCUGUUGAUGGAGCGGCAACGGUAUAUGCUGCUGGAGUUGGUAAAUAG